CUCUGAGACAGAGCUGUGCGUAGUGCAAGCAAGAACCCGAACCAGGCGCAACUGAUGCUUCAGUUCUACACACAGCUUGCGCUUUGUUUCUCUCUACAGUUCCGAAGAGGACGCGUUUCCGUGCGUUUCCCUGCGUCGUGAUCGUUUUGGAAUGAGCCGCUUUGUCACCGCCGUUGUUUCCAUGCCAGCAUGGGAACUGCCGUGUCCAAGAGAAGGAAUCUGAGGAACGAUGCUAUUUCAUCAGUGGCAGCAAAAGUUAGAGCAGCCCGAGCAUUUGGAGAGUACCUUCACGCUCAACCUGAGAGCCGAAACGGAUCAGAUCACUUAUUGUCCGACACCCUCAUUGGCCACGACUCGGACUCACCGGAUAGUGUUUGUACCCAGAACAACAACCACCAGCACAGCUUCUCUCUUCAGGACUCAAAUAGCAGCACCGAGCCCAAUCUGAUUGACAAUACGCUGCACCUGUUGCAGCCUUCAGCCGUCCAGUCUACCUGUUCUGAGAGCCGCCUGUCACUAGAGCGCAGCUUCUCAGUCGAGGAAGAGCAGCAGAAGUGUGUGGAGUGCUCGCUGCAGCCAUCACGUGUCUACACUAUCAGCGGCGAGAGCGCCAUGCUGGCUGGCAGCCGUACCAGCAAGGAGAGCUUGGAGCUGGAUGUGCUGAGGGAGGCAAGGGAUGCCCCGUCUGCCUCUCAAACCCUCGCUCAGGCCUCCACCUCCUCCUCACCCAUCCAGCAUCACCAUCGCCAUGCUAACCAUCAAAGUUCCACUAGGCCGAAUUUGCAGCAACCUGCAGGUGGAGGGCAAGGAAGUGCAGGAGCAGGUCCUUCGCAACACCAACACCACCACCACCAUCAUCACCACCACCUGUCUCAGCCCCUGCAGAGUUCUAUCAGCGCCCAUAACAUCCGCGGCUGGGGCGAGGGCAAAGAAUGCGGCCUGGCAUGUGACUUGUGUCCCGGAGCACCUUCUCGCAGUCACGGCUCACUAGAGCUGGAGAGCAGCGUGCGAGAGCCAGGCAAGCAGCGCCGCCCACUAGAGCGCAUGAGCAGUGUGGACCGCGUGACUUUUAUAGACAGAGAAGACAACCAAUGGUACCCCAAAGAGAACAUGUUCAGCUUCCAGACUGCUACGACGACCAUGCAAGCGAUAUCAAAUUUCCGGAAGCACCUUCGAAUGGUGGGCAGCAGAAGAAUGAAGGCACAGACCUUUGCAGAGCGCAGGGCGAAGAGCUUCAACCGCUCCUGGAGCGACCCGACCCCGGUCAAGCAAGACUCGCUACCCGACUCAAAAGACAGUGGAGAUCUGCAGAUGCCGUCUGCUGCACCAGAUGAGGGAGGCUGUAAUGACACGGGCUGGGAAGAGGAGAAAGAGAUGGAAAGACUAGCUUGUGAAAGCGAUGACUUCAUCCCUCCUAAAGUCAUGUUGAUAUCAUCGAAAGUUCCCAAGGCGGAGUAUGUCCCCAACAUUAUUCGCAGAGAUGACCCUUCUGUUAUCCCUAUACUUUAUGAUCAUGAGCAUGCUACAUUCGAUGAUAUUUUGGAGGAGAUUGAGAAAAGACUGGCUUCCUAUAGGAGAGGAUGCAAGAUCUGGAGCAUGCUCAUCUUCUGUCAGGGUGGGCCAGGGCAUCUGUACCUACUGAAGAAUAAAGUGGCCACGUUUGCCAAGGUGGAGAAAGAAGAGGACAUGAGCCAGUUUUGGAAAAGGCUAAGCAAGUUUAUGAGUAAAGUGAACCCAGAGCCUAACCUGAUCCAUGUCAUGGGCUGCUAUGUACUGGGGAAUCCUAAUGGAGAAAAGCUGUUCCAAAAGCUGAAGAACCUGAUGAGGCCUUAUUCAGUUACCUUUGAGUCACCGCUGGAGCUAUCUGCACAGGGAAAGGAAAUGAUCGAAACGUAUUUUGAUUUUCGCCUCUACCGAUUAUGGAAGACGCGACAGCACUCAAAGCUCAUGGACUAUGAGGAUCUGUUGUGACCCAGAGAUCCUGAGAGCGUGGGUCCUAGCAGACAGAACUCCCCCUCACCCCCUUCCUGUGAAACACCACAUCCCACUAGCUCUCAUUAAAGAGAACAGGAACUGGACAUCGUGCCACUGGUAUCCGAGAGUUAUCAUGUAUUCUGACUCCUCACUCGAGACCAUGAAACUAGAGUGUGGCAGAUGGGUUCAGGGCUGAAGACCGAGACAAGGGGGGACAUGUGCCAAGGACAGCGUUUCAUGUCAGUAAACAAAGUGAAAUCUCUCCUUGGUGGCAGUGUUAAAGAAUGGAGGCUGACUGUUCCGUGUUUUCUAUGUCACAUAUCUAUUUCACCAAGGCUCUCUCUGUUGAAGAGUAUCGUACUUCUUUAAAAAAAAAAAAGUCUUAUGUCUAAAGUCAGGCAGUUUUUGAAACUUUUGUUUUUCAAAAAUACAAUUGAGACAUGAGAAGAAAUCAUACUGGUAAUAUAUGGAUAUGCAUACAUCUUGUUAAUAUGUUAUGUAGCCAUGGUCAUGCAAAUAAUCCAAAUGUCAGUGCUCCAUAAUUUAUAUAAUGUUGUUUAUUGUUGUGGUCUUUUUAAUGACGUCCUUUGAAUAACUCAGGUUUUAGCCAUUUAUGAGUAUGUCCAUUAAACCUCUGUCCAGAUGUGAGUAGGAGUCCUUGUUAAGUAUCUUGUGUGAAGACCGUAUACUCUGCUGACUUAUACGUUAUCAAUAAUCACUAGAGAAGAUGCCAGAAAAUUCUUCUAGCCAAUCUUUUUGAACAUGUUUCCCAUAUCGUAGUCUGAAAUCUAUGUUUCAGUGUAGACUAAUUUAGUUUUUGGGCCUCUAAUAGGAUAUCUGGCUGGAUAUCCUAGGCACUUUUUGAGUUUCUAGCUUAGACAUUUCUUAGCAGAAACCAUUAGCAGAAUUCCAUUUCCACAGGUCAGCUCGCUGCAGUAUGGGAAAUGGGACUGCACUAGUGAGGUGUCAGCAAUUACACAGCAUUGCUGCAAUGCUGCAGUGGGGCACAAAUGCUGAAUGAACUAAAAUCUAUUUUUGUGGAAAAUAUUCAAGCCUGUCAUAUAUCAUGUGAUGUCUUAUGUCAGCCAUUAGAUCGUAAGUCUGUGAGUCAGCAAAGUUUUUCAUUUGGGGAGAAAGGGCAGUUAAUUACUUUAUUAAGUUCUAGACAUUGAUGUCUGACUCUUUGGUCCCAAAACAUAUUCACAAACAACGUCAGGGACUUUACAGGCAGAGUGUGUCGUUUUUAAAGCCCUGCAAACUGCCUGUGAACAAAAGCAUUUACAAGCCUUAUUCUUUAUCUCAGUUGGCCUUCACCUCUUUUGUGAGAUGGUUUUGUGGAAGCUAAAAUCUGGGCCCUAAAAUUUAACUUACGUCCUGAAAAGCUGGUUUUCCACAGUACAAUUUCAGUGGUCUGUUAAAAUUUCUUGUCACACUGUAUGAGACGAUCCCAAUGACAUCUUAGACGAAUUCUAUAAAAGACUUCAUGUCAGAUUGUAAGAUCUUUUAACGGUUAAAGAAAAUGUUCUGCUUCUGUGAAAUCAUUCCAGGCCUCUGUAGAAAACAUUCUUUACAUAGAGUUUGAUAUAUUACACACUUUUCUGUCCAUUAGCAUGUUUGCUUGAUGGUUCUCCAAUGCCGCUACAAUAUUUGUAGCUCUCCUGUAACGGUCACAUAAUCCUACUGUAUGCCAUAAAUAUAUUGGUGGAUUUUAGACAAGGUCUGGAGCAAGUCACACUCUGAGCUGUUGAUUAAAAAAUAUAAUUUGUGAUACUGCCAGAACAUCAGGACAUGCGUGAUAAAUCUGCCAAUGAUGAUCUCAAAUCAUGACCAAAUAAUUCGUUCAUAGUAUUUUUUGUCUCCAGAGCAACAUCAGGCUGGAAAUCGUACGGUGUAAAGCCAUCUUAACAUGGUAGAGAUUCAUUGAUUUUUUUGGUAGGGAGUGUCCAAAUGUAAUAGACGAUGGGAUACACAUGGGAAAUUGCUGAUUCUCAAUGACUGUCAGUAGCUAAUAAUUAGCUAGUGGAAAGGAGGUAUAGUGCAAGUGAUUUCUGAAAAUAGCUAAAAUAAUUACUAUUACCUAAAGUGUGCAUUAGCUAACAAUAAUAAAGUGUAUUUUAUCAUUGCUGUUGGCUGCUCUGUUACUCCUGGCUAUAUGAGGAAUUUCAGUUACGUCAGCUAAACAAUUAUAAUCCGUUCCUAUCCUCAGCACUCUGUGAGCCAGCCGGGAGAUAUUAAUGAAUUGGCAUGAUUUUGGGGGCAAUUUGAGCCAUUCUAAAGCCAUCUGCGACUUCUGGUUGGUGUCAGUGAGGCUUGGAUAUGUCACAGUGACAUGCUGAGAGAGGUGGGAAAUUGAAUGUGUAUUCAUACUGUCAGGAACAUUUGGUUGUGUAAAUGGUGGUGUGCAUUUUGGAGACCUCAAAAAUGAACAGAUGGUAUAGGGUCCGGGUUCUGUAAAGAUUUCUGUAUUGUUUCAGUGGCAUUCAAAAGUCUGAUACCACUAAUGAAAAUACAUUUAUUUUGUAUUCUUUUACAAUCGAAUGCAUUUUCCUUACAAAUGAUAUUAUCAGAAAUAACUUGAGGGAAAUGUAGAAUUUUAGAUUUUGAGAUUUAUCUCCCACUUAAAGGCAGGGUCUCCGAUGUUUGAAAGCCUAUGUUUUCAUCAUUUGAAAUCACCAAAACAAACACGCCCCUAACCCAAAUGGGUCCCACCCCUGUAUUGAUAGCUCCACCCACACAUACAUCUCUCUCUGUCUUUAUCAUAGCUGAAGGGAAGAACAACACAAUUGCAGAUUAACAAACAAGCAAAACCAACGUUACUCACCUAUCGAGAAGGAAAAAAGCAAACUCUUGUACAACGGUUUUGUUCACCACAAGUCUGGGGCAAAAGAAAGGAUGCACGCUAAGUUUUUGCUUUUCUGUUAAUUACUUGUACUACCAUUUAUGCCUGUUCUAUGAGAUGUAAGUAUAAAAGGACAAAAAAACAAAAAAUAUUAAGAAAAAUUAAAGGAACGUUAAAACAGAUUUUUUAUUUUUUGGAAUAUGAUAAUUUACAGAACAAGCUUCGCACAUACAUACAUACGUAACCCAGGCAACUAAUGGAAAGCAAUGUGUCUUUAUCAUAGCUGAAGGGAAGAACAAUAUGAUUGCAGAUAAACAAACAACCAAAAAUGACACACAAGCAUAAUCAUGCAAAGGACAAAGGCAUAUAUUA